UCGACACUCGCUGCGACGAUAACCCUGGAACGCGACGAUGAGUGAAGAUCGCAAGCGAAAAUUCCUGCAAUCCAAUCUGCUGCUAAGAGUAUUAUCCGAAAACGAAGACCUAAGGGGUUCGGAAGUGGUACGAUGCUCACUGGAAGUUCCCUCCAACUUGGACGGGUUUAUGGCGACUAUCUACAGUUUGAGCGUGACAGUUAGAAACGAGGAAACACAUGAAAUUUCCGAGUUGAGCCUGCUGGUAAAGGUGAUGAAAGGAGACGACAAAUUCCGACGUGAAUCGUUGGGUCUCAUUCUGUUCCCAAAUGAAAUUAAUGUCUAUAAAAACAUAAUACCCGCAUUCAAACAAAUGAUAACCAAACAGAAGGCGAAUAUCGAUUUCAAGACAUGGAAUCCCAGAGUUUUCUUCUCGGAACAGGGGCUCUUUCCGCAAUACAGUGAUCAAUUUGAAACCAUUCUAGUAAUGCAAAACGCUCAAGUGGAUGGUUUCAUGUCCGGUCCUCGAUUGGAUUUAGAUGAAAUGCAUCUAACUUUAAUGAUUAAAAAAAUUGCACAAUUUCAUGCAUGCAGCUAUGCACUACGCAUUAUCGAAAACGGUAAACUAAAUCAAAUGGUGGAAAAAAUAAUACCGCUCAAUUUCAUACAGGAUGGCAAAGUGUUCUUUGAAAGCUAUGACAUGGUGUUUCGAGCCACCCAGAAAAGAAUGUUUGACUAUUUUGAUUCGAUACGGGAUCAACUCGGUGACAGCGAGGUUUUCGCCGAUAUUGAUAUGUUGAGAAAACUUUAUUUGAAUAAUCCUUCACAGCUGAUGCAGAGAUGUUUGCGGAGAGACGAUAUCUACUCAGUUAUUCUCCAUGGAGAUUACAAUAGGAAUAACGUGCUGUUCAAAUAUGUAGAUGGAAGUCCAACGGAUGUAAUCAUGAUAGAUUUUCAGGAGAAUCGUUUUGGGUGUCCUGCGUUGGAUUUAUCAUUUUUCAUGUACAUGAACAUGAACGAAGAGGUUCGAAAUUCCCAUUGGGAUGAGCUGCUUUGCUGCUAUCACGCUGAGUUGCUCAGAUGUAUUCUGGAAAUUACCAAACUACCUUCAACCGAUGAUCGACUUGAACCAUACAGGUUUCACAAAAUGAUGGCUCAUCUGUCGCAGUUCUUCAUCUAUGGAGCAAUAAUCGCAGUAAAAUUUUUACCAGUAAUAAUGGGAAGUCAGAAAGAUGUCGACGAAAUUGUUCAUUACUUUUAUAAUGACAUUCACGCAGAGGAAUUCAAACAGGCAUUAAUCAGAUCUGGAGGCGAAGAUGCAAAUCGGCGGAUUGCUGGGCUGAUGAUGCAUUGUUCCAAAAAGGGUUACCUCAAAUUUCUUUAGGAAUGAAGUAGGUAGGUCAUUUAAAUGAAAGAGUUGCAAAACGCAACAGUGAGGUGCAAUGAAAUUGGCUAGCUUAUGAGCCAAUAAAAUUAUAAAACGAACUAAUAAAUAAUGCAUUUUCAUUUGCAUGCAAAUGAC